AUGUGUAGGACUCGAAGGAUUAAGUGUGAUGAGACCAAGCCAACAUGUAACCAAUGCGCCAAAUCAAGGCGACAGUGUCCAGGAUAUAAGGACGACUUUGAUCUUGUCUUUCGCAAUGAGACCCAAGCUACCGAGCGACGGGCGCGGCGGACACUCACGACGGGAAAGCAAUCAAAUAUCCGGGUUACGAUCCAGAAUCCGCAUCCUGCUUUAUCGAGUGCGCCGAACGACGGUAGCAACUUGACGAUUACGUCCACGUCAGGCGCCGAUAUGGCUAUGGCACUAGCCUCACCAAUGUCCCUAUCAAUACCUAUCGAACAGCAAGCACCAUGCUAUUUCAUGUCAAACUUUGUGUUGGCCCCAUCGAACGAUGCCGGUACCCCACGAGGAUAUUUUGACUUCCUUGCUCCCCUAAUGAAGAACGAACACCCAGACUCCCAACUAGCAAGUGCCUUCUCUGCUGUUGCGAUGGCGUCUUUAGCCAAUAGACCCAAUUCAAAGAGUAGGAAGGAACUAAAGUAUAUUUCCGUUAUGCAAUACGCAAAAGCUUUAAAGGCCACCAAUUUAGCUCUACAGGAUCCCUCUAAACAAAAGACAGACCAGACUCUCGCGGCUAUUCUAAUGCUAGGAUUUUAUGAGACCGUUUGCACGGAGAAUACCAACCCAAGUGCCUGGUAUUCGCAUAUUGAUGGCGCAGUUCAAAUCGUGAAACUCAGAGGUAAGAAACAGCUACGUACAAAAGUCGGGAAUGCUCUAUUCCAAGUAGUGAGAACACAAAUGGCGAUCACUUGUAUGACUGCUUCAAAAUCUCCAGAGCUUGGUCCCGACUGGUGGGUCGCAGACAGCGUAUCAGACGACUUUGGUGUCCCCGUAACCAAGAUUCAGCUUGAACUAGCUGAACUCCGGGCUGAGGUCAAUAACGCACUCACUUCCUUCCCUCGGACCCCAGAAUAUUUCGCAAAGGUGACUGGUUUUAUACGGCGUGCUGAGCUAUUGGAGCAGGAGUACUAUCAAUGGGAAGCGUCUUUACCUGCUUCUUGGAAACCCAGGACCGUGGCUUGGGUAGACAAUGUCGCAGGUGCCGAUAUCAGCAAGGCAGAAGUAUGCCCGGGUAAAGUUGAGGUAUAUACUAGUAUCUGGGUUGGUACCACGUGGAACCAUGCUCGAUCCGUGCGUAUCAAUAUCUCUGGUACUAUCACCCGAUGUGCAGCUUGGAUCUGUUCCCCCGUUGACUACCGCACUACCCCAGAAUAUGCCCACGGUAUCAGACUAUGUUCCGACCUAGCGACCGAUAUUCUCUCUUCGAUACCGUAUCACCUGGGGUGGGACAUUAAUAAGGGAGGAGCCGUGUCUUCAUCUGAUUUCUCGAGCUUCACUUCUGGGCUCGAUGCAUUUAGGAACCCUAAGGGUAUAGGUGGGUUCUUCGCCCUAUGGCCAAUAUUUGCAGUCUCCUGUACCGAUUACAUCACCGAUGCGCAACGAGCAUGGGCCAAGGCGCGGAUGCGGUAUAUUGGUGAUAGCAUGGGAAUGAACCAUGCGAAGGUGCUUGCGGGGUUCCAACUCCGUCUCCCAUCCAUGAUCAUCCGCCGCGACAAUAUAGGCCACUCACCUCCCAGCACACAAACGGCACCUGCUAUGACCCGUGGUGUUUACUCUCCUCCCACGGCGCCACCAUCCGGCGCUACUCCACCCUUCCCUCAUCCCUCUUUCCCCAUAAGCUACGCCUCUUCAGCAACAACAAGGAUCUCGGCUACAGUAUAUGCCCUCGAUCCACUACAACAGCGCGAGGCAAUGCAAAAGGAGACUUUUGAGAGGGAACGGGCUUUACUUCUUAAGAAAGCUAGUAAUAGCCAGGGAGAAGCGGUCGAAAAGUUGUUGGCUGUUUAUUUAGCUGUAUGA